AUGAUUUCAGCUCUUGAUCAACUAAAACAAUGGACUACUGUCGUUGCUGAUUCUGGUGAUUUUGAGUCAAUGAUGCUAUAUCAUCCACAAGACGCAACUACAAAUCCCUCGUUAAUUUUAGAGGCUGCUAAAAAUCCUCAUUAUGAUUACUUAAUUAAUUCCGCCAUUGAAUAUGCAAGGAAAAUUCUUAAGCUUGUCCCAGGUCGAGUAUCUGUCGAGGUAGAUGCAAAAUUUUCUUUUGAUACCGAAGCAACGAUAGCCAAGGCUAGGCACAUUAUUUCACUUUUCAAAGAAAGUGGAAUUGAUAAAUCUCGAGUAAUGAUAAAGAUUCCCUCAAAUUGGGAAGGAAUUCAGGCCGCAAAGAUACUUGAAAAGGAAGGAAUCCUAUGCAAUAUGACUUUGAUUUUUUCUUUUGUUCAGGCCGCUGCAUGUGCAGAAGCUGGUGUAACGAUAAUCUCACCGUAUGCUGGUAGAAUUCUCGAUUGGUACACGAAAAAUACCAAUAAAACAUAUAAAUCAUUUGAAGAUCCGG